AUGAAUACAGACAAAUUAAAAUCUAAUAAAACUCGAUUAAAAUCAAAUGAAAAUCUUCGUCAAAAAUCUACUGAAUAUUUAUUUCAACCAAUAGUACAAACAAAUGAUAUAAAUAAUCAACAUAAACCACCAUCACCAUUUCAAACUGGUCUUAAAUAUUUAAAAUUAUUAGGUCAAAUUAAACGACAAAAUGAAAAUAUAUCAAUUGAUACACAUGAAAUAAAAUCAACAAUUAUUGAUAGACUUGAAUGUACAUCAGCAUUUUCAACAAAUUUAAUAAAUAAAUCAAUUCAAGUUGAUAAUUUUGAUGAAUUAUCAUAUAAAACUGCAAUAAAUAAUAAUAAUAAUAAUAAUUAUUAUUAUUCAAAUUUAUCUUUCUAUGAAUUUUUAUUUAGUUCUAUUUUACUUUUAUUAUUUAUUUCAAUAAUUUUAUUUAUUCAAUUAAAUUCAUAUCCAAUACAUUGUUUAAUAAAUAAAAAAUUUUGGUAUUAUUCAAAUGAUUUAUCAAAUGGUUUUCAAUGUGAAAAUACAAAUAUUGAAAUUUAUUAUUUUGAAAUUUAUUCAAUAAUUUAUCAAAUUGAAAUUAAAAAAAAUUUUAAAUCAAUAAAUUGUUUAGGUUUUGAUAUACUUUCAUGUUUACCAAUUGAUUAUUUAUUAAUACCUAAAGGACAUAUUAUUCAUCGUAAUGAUCAAUUAAUUAAAUAUUGUAAUUAUACACAAAAAAUUCAUUGUCAAAAUCAAUCAUUAAAUAUUUUACCAUAUGAAUAUAAAUGGAAUUUAAAAAAUAAUCAUUUUCAUGAAUUAUUUCAUUGUUCAUGUUUAACAUAUUCAAAUAAUACAAAAUGUUUUCAUUUUAAAAUUAAUAAUCAAUGUGAUUUAUAUAUACCAUGGUUUAAUUAUUGUUUUAAACAUUCAACAACAAGUUCUAUAUGUCAAGCAUAUAUUAAGAAAUUAUAA